CUAUUAUUCUGGUGUGCAAUGCAGCUUUCCUCGCCCUGGACGUUGUUUCCCUCUCUGGUUAUCCACUUCUCAGCUCUCGCGAGAAUGCACGCGCUACCCCCUUUCCCUUCCACCCCACCUCUCGCGAGAUCUCGCGUCCGAAGGAUGGUGUUGUGCUAGAGGGAGUGGGAGAGGAGGGUGAGGGGUACCCACAAAGAUGUUGCGUGAUUUUUUGGAAAUUUAUUUAUUUCAAUAAAAAUGGCCGCCGCAGAGAGCGGAGAGGAGAGACUAGGUGUGGACAAGAAUGAAGACCAGGAGGGCUCAAAAGACAAGACGCAGAAGCAGAAGAAAAACAAAAGGGAACGGCAAGAUGUGGAAAAACUCGAGGCCACAGUGUCCGUUCCUCCACCCCCGCCCCUCCUUAGGCAGGGGGAUGUUGGACAACAGACAGAAGCAGGGAAGUCUGAACCCGUUGACCCUGAAGUUGGAGCUGCUCUCAGCGCUCCAGAAUCUUCCGCAUCGGCCAAGCAGCGGCGUUCCAUCAUUCGGGACAGAGGCCCACUGUAUGACGACCCUUCACUGCCUCAAGGUUGGACGCGCAAGCUGAAACAGCGCAAGUCGGGGCGAUCCGCUGGAAAAUUUGAUGUCUACCUGAUCAACCCAGAAGGGAAAGCCUUCCGUUCCAAAGUGGAGCUCAUGGCGUACUUCCAAAAGGUGGGCGAUACCACCACGGAUCCUAAUGACUUUGACUUCACAGUCACGGGCCGCGGGAGCCCCUCUCGCAGAGAAAAGAGACCGCCAAAGAAGCCUAAAGUGGUCAAAACCUCCGGUCGCGGAAGGGGUCGGCCAAAAGGCAGUGGCAAGGUACGGCAGGCCACGGAAGGGGUGGCUGUAAAGCGUGUCGUAGAAAAGAGUCCAGGAAAACUCCUCGUAAAGAUGCCCUUUGUGGCCCCCAAAAGUGAACCAGGGGCUCCAGUGGGGCAAGCGCCAGUUGCCAAAGUGCGCCGAGGCCGCAAGCGGAAAUCGGAACAGGAACUGCCAAGCAUGCCCAAAAAACGUGGCCGCAAGCCAGCAGCCGCUUCGCAAUCGGCGGUGGGGACGGGCUCAGCCGCCGCGUACGCCGCCGCAGCCAUCCUCACCGCCGAGGCCAAGAAAAAAGCUCAGAAUGAGUCUUCCGUAAAGCCUGUUCAGGAGAGGGCGCUUCCCAUCAAGAAACGCAAAACUCGAGAGACUUUAGAGGGGUUGGAAGGAUCAACCGCUUCCACGACGGAGACGUUCGCACCGGGGAUAGCAAAACGACUGACUGCAUCAACUGUGACCCCUACUGGGGAGGAGGUAGAAACGGGACAGAAGUCUCACAAGCAUCCCGGCCGGAAGCACAAAGAGGCAUCCACGGAUCCGGGAAACGGCAGCAGCAGCAGCAGCGGGACGGCAACCAGCAGCAGCGGACCGAAGAGUCACAAGAAGAGAGAUCAGCGAGGGCAGCACUUUAAACACCACCACCAUCAUCACCACCACCAACACCACCAUCUGCAGGCCAUGCCGCCCUCCACCUACACUCCGCAGGCUCACCAGCUCUCACUGGGUCACUCCACGCAAGGGGGGCCGCCUGCGACCACGGAAAAUGAACCCCAGGACUUGAGCACCUCCAGGCCCAAAGCGGAGCAUGUGGCCUGCAGGGAGGAAGCGAGAACUGAUAGCACCUCGAGCAGGGAUGCUCAGAACGCAAGCAAGAUAGCCUCCUCUGACCUGAGAGGGCAGCAGACGACUGUGACGGGGGAUGGCAAGGAGCUGAGAGACAUUGUUCCUCCCUCCACCGUUCCGAGGCCAAGCCGAGAGGAAACGGUCGAGUCCCGGACACCAGUGAGCGAGCCAGUGAGCUGACUGACUAAGUGACUGAUUGGCAGCGGCUUUGCGCGCGAAGAGUCGGAGGCGGUCGUGGCGAGACGAGUGAUUUUUCGUUCUUUUUUACUGAGGAAAAAAAGAAAAAGGAAACAAAAAUGUAAACGUACUUAAAGGCAGCUGUUGUGUCUCGUUCUCUCUGUGGGUUGGACGCGGGGCGAUAAUUCUCUUUGCUUCCGGAUGAAUUCUCUGCUAAACUUUUUCUUUAUGGUUUCCUUUUAUUUCCCACUAUAUCUUUGUAUUAGUAUAUCUUAGCACUCACCUAAUCCAGUUAUUCCUUUGUCGGAGCUUGUAGGAAGUAGAAACACACUCAAGUGGUAAUGGAUGCACAAGUCACACGCCAUAGUUGUCGUAAAGCGAAACUUUCCGAUCAAAAAUGCUCUCGAAAGUACUAAAAUGCCUCAUAGUCAUGUCAUCUCAACCCUAGCAAAAAGGUGUUCUAUCAGUGUGUUCUUCCUUUUGUGUCUAAAACGAAUGGGCAAGCUGAAGAAAAUAGGGCCACAUUUCCGAUCUCCACCUUUUCCAUUUGAGUCGGACGCAGCUGUUGCAGCAUCCUCACCUUUGAAAUAAGACGCUAGCUUAACUCCGACAGAAAAGAACUUCCUAGUUGUGGGUUCGUGCCAAGCUGAUAUUUCCAGCCUGUUGACCUGUAAAGAUCAAUUGAAUUUGGAAGUAGUAUUUCCUUUGAGUUGUUGGUCUUUUAAGCGCACGUGUCUAUUUAUUAUCAGUAGUUCAGUUAACCUAAUCACCUGUUUCGGUGGUGCCUGAGAAAAUGCGACUAGAGCGGAAAGCUCUAUUUUUCAUUUUCUCCGGUGGGGAAGAUAAAGCACAAAUGUGUUUGUUAGGGAAUAUUGAAAGCACAGUCCAGUGUAGCAUCUGGAGUAGAUGUCAACUCGCGUAAAAGGAUACGGAAAAAGGAAUGUGUUAUGUUUACCUGCUUUUUUUCCAUGAAGUACAAUUUAAAGAGUGGCCUUGUGUUCUUGCAACACAAAUCCCUAACAAAAAAAAAAGAGCAUACCGUUUCAAAUGAUGUAGCUUUUGGUUUUAUUGUGUGUGUGGUUAUAGACUAAUGCCGUAGAGCUGCUGUUCUAAAAACGAUUCUGACGGGAAAGUUAAUAGAUGGCUAUAUUUAUAUAAUGUCUUGUCAGGCUGUAGCCGUGUCAAAUGCAUGGGUUGCUGAUGUUUGCGUGCUAUUUAUUACAGUACUCCGACAUUGUCUUUCUUGUACAUAAAGCCAGGUUCAGCACUAACGAUGAGGGUCAAACGUUAUAGAUACGUAAAUAUUUUGAAUUAUGAGUAUAAUGAAACAUUACUUGGCAACAAAUGAAAGUAAAACUUGCAUACUUUGUACAAGACCAAGCAAUCAUGAAUAGUCCUAUUAGUUUUCUAAAGCCUACUUUUUCAAAAUGACAGAGAACAUUGCAAUCAGAAGGGAGGACACCAAAUCACGGCUCCGUGCAUGAAGUUGUUAGAGAUUGGACAUACUAAAGAUGUCUUGGUAAUUAAUUUGAUUGUACCUUUGGGAUGAAAUGUAAUACUAAGGAAUUUCUGAACCAAAACUGAGGAAGUUCUUCUUUGUUGAUUAUGUAAAAUUGAUUAGGAUUUUACAGAAACUUUACAGCACUUUUUCUGUUUCAUUUUUGUUUCUUCUUCUAGAUGAAUUGCACCUUACUUUUAAAGCACCUUCACAGAAUCAAAUAUUGGAAUUGUGAGAAGCCUACCCAUUUAUUUGGAUAUGUUUUUCUGGUUAGCCUUGCAUAGACUUCUGUUUCAUGUCUGGAGGUUGUAAUUUUCUUCAGAUGUGUGUUAGAAUAGAAUGCAUGUUCAGUGUCGUUAUAAAGAGCCAUUGUUUUGUUUAGAUUUGCUUUUUCUGUAAAAAUACCCCAUAUUUACCAAAUUGUCAUGCAUAAAGGCUACAUUUCACUAAUAAUAGUGAUGGGUCAGGUUCGAGUCGAGUCAAAGUCCUUAGUCAAUUGAAUUUGAGUGGGAAACAGUUUUUAAUGUCUUGUCAUCUUAAUUUUAUGUUGUUACUUAUUUUUAUCUAUCAUGUUACGCAUGACGUGGAUUCGACUGUACUCAGUAAAAAAAAAUCUGAAAUGUCAUAAUCCGUGUCAAGUUCCACCCAAAUGCAUCCAAGUCUGAGUUCAUUCAUAAUUGCAGUCCGAGUCCCAAGUACCACAUCUCUAACUUAAAGUAUAUGAGAUCACAUAUUUAUGGCCAGUAAUGAGAUGACAAAGGCAGUUAGUAAAUGUCCCGAUGUUUGACUGUUACAUGCAACUCUGUGUGCUUGUCCAAUCUAAUAGAAAAAAAAAAUAUAUAUAUAUAUACAUUAGACAUAUAUAUAGACAUAACAUUAAAUCCAAAGCAAACAAACCAUACCAUUUCAGUUAUUAUGUAUAAAACCAAUUAUUACAGACCUCUGGGUCUGAUGUCAUCACAGAUUAUAAUUUUGUAUUCUAGAUAUUGCAAUUGCUGUUUUGAGUGAGAGUUGCUGCUCUUUUUUUUUCUUCCCUCAAAGUAUUGUGUACAGGUUUGUUUGUGUAUGAAAUGUUAUACAUUCACAGUUAUUGUGGCUUGGGUGAUGGAUGUGCAUUGUCACUGACAUAAAUGCAGAAAAAUGUGUACAACUAAACCUUAAUCAGUCAUAACGCUCAGCACUUGUUAAAUCUUUUCGUCUGGUAGUUCAUCUACAGUAGGGUGUUGUUUUUGAUACUUGCUGUCAUUUAGGGGUUCAGAUUGGAGAGAGAGAACUUACCGGUCCUUUUUCCCCCCAAGUGAGUUUCAGAGUAGACUCGUUAUCUGGAAUCUUAUAUAUUAAAAAAAUGUUGUCGCUAAAUGUGUAGAUUAAAUUACGAUCGACAAUCACGAGGAACAUUGCAUAUUUAUUUUUCCACUCAAGUCGUAUUAAGAUUGAAAGCGUCUCCAUUCUCUUCCUCCAGCCUCCCGCUCCCUCGACCCUCACGGGGAAGAGGUUUCCGCUCCGAACAAGGGCUAUGUAAUCAUUUCAAGUAGUCAAAAGCAGAUGAAGGAAAUAGAUUUUUAAGUCAGACGAACGCAAGGUCUGGUCCUCGCUGCAAAGGCAAACUCAGUUAAUUGCUUGAGGUCAAACAGGAGACUUUAAGUGUUAAAGUCAAACACCACUGGCUCACCCUCUGUCCUCGGCAGAGUUCGAGCGCUCACUUAUAACCGGCGGCUGACGUUGUGUCCUGUCUGCGGUGAACGUCUCCCUGGUCUGAUUAAACUCGGGUGGGAGAUCGGAGGUAGACGAAUGGAUUCCUCGGCAAGCACAUUUCUCAGUUACAGGUUCAGGACAGUAGCAAAGGAACGAAACCUCCAGACAUGAAUUGAAGUUACGACUCACAAGCUGCAUCAGUCUGGCUGAAACAGAAAGGGUAGUGCCUUUAUUUUGGGAGACUUACUAAGGUGGUAGAAGUGACCUUUGAUUCUAAAGAAACACCUUUAUCCCAAUGAAGCACCGUGGAAAGUGACUUUACUCAAAUGUUUGGUUUUUAUUUGGUCAUUUUUCAUAGGUAGAACGUGCACUGGUGUGUGUGUUGUAACUAGGGUUGUUAAUUUUUCUUUUUUUACAUCAGCUGGGUGUUUGUGGCCACCUAGAAAUGAUGUAUUGUUAAGAACUUCUUGCCUUUUGUAGCGCUCAAAGCCCACUGACAAAAAUGGAGCCCUACAAAUGGGUAAAGACAGAAUAAGAAGAAUACUUUUAUUAUUUAUAUAUGUUGGUUUGUUUGAUUUCCUUCUUUGUUUGGGUUAUUUGUGCCUCUGGCACUGAAAUAUGCUUUGGAAUGUCCUUGUGUCCCUGUAGCCAAAAAUACAUGCUAUGUACCUCUCUAUGUAUCAAUAUGCAUGAUUGCCAUUAGAAGAUAGGACAUUGCUUGCCCUUUACUAUUAUAUAUAAAGAUGAGCUGAGCCCAACCACACCAACCGAAUCCGAAGGAUUUCAUGAGGUAUAUAAAACUGAAUGUGUUCUGUUUAAUGAAGGUUGUGCACUUUGGUCUGUUUAAUAUGAACAGAUUUGUUUCAUUGAAGUAUUGUUUGAUUUAACUGAUGGUAGCUGAGUUUGGGCUUCAAACGCCACUCCUUGUAGUGGCUAGAGUAAUUUGUAGAUUUCUGUGUUAGAUUUAUUUUUAUUAGUAGUAAUUUUUUAGUUUUUUCCAAUUAUGAAUCCAACUUUGGAAAUAGACCGUUUUAUCUUCAUAGCAAUAGUGCGAUAGUAUACCCAGCAGAUCGGAUAUGAGUUUUCUCCUUUAGUAUGUCUCUGAUUUGUGUAACAGUAGGACUGAAGUAAAAGAAAUGUACCUUUACGACUAAAAUGCAGCACUUUGAAUCGUGCAAGGAGGACAAUUUCAAGUCAAAUGAAACCGAAGUUAAACUAUAAGAAAUAGAUUCCAGUUCCACCGUGGUAGAAAGUUCAUGGUCUAUUUAACAUAGUUUUGUGCCUUGAAGUUUCAGUAAUAGAAUUUAUCUUUAUACUGUAGUUGUAUUUUUAUUCCGAGUCCUGUGUUUGCCUCUUGUUGGUAUUCAGUGCUAUGGAUGUAUUAAGGAUUUAUAGAGAUCAAGAAUAUGUUUGCCUUGCUUUAUUUUCUUAAUUGAGAAAAAAAAAAAAGCAUAAUAUUAGGGAGAUGUACUUGGGCAAUAUUGACGAUGUAAAAAGCUAUAGGAUUUUGAUGUUUUUUCAUCCCUGAUAUGUUGAAUGUUUCACAGAUUAUUAAGUAACGUGUGUUUGUUGGGAAAUAUUCUCCAUUUUAACAUGACCAUUAAAAAAAAAAA